AUGUCCGAAGAACUUUCUUUUGAGCAGCUCUCUGUGUCUUCCAAUGAUUCCUGGGCCUUACUGGAUGUGGAAGAGCCGGCGACCGCUACUGCUCCUGGCAGUGUUGAUUUGUUUGUGAUUGAUCGGCUUGACAAAGAUAUUUGCUUUAUUUGCAACCAACCACUGUCAGCUUCUCGCUUCCCAUGCCCUUCCUGUGAUAUCUGCCUGAUUUGUGCACAGUGCAUGGAAACCUAUGACCCCCACCGUGCUCCUGUUUGCUGUCAUACCUUUCCUACGGAUGCAGAGGUGCCCAUGUUCUACUUCGACGAUUCUCAGGGUGAAGAUGUGCUCAUCAUGAAUCCUCUCAAGGAAGUUCACCCUGUCUCCUGCGUCUCUGAACCCGAUCGGCUGACCACUUCGACCGAGGUGAUUCAAAGUUCACAUGCCACGCCAGAUUCGAACAUUCUGGAUAGUAAGCUCCACGCCGACACCAAAGACCCCCUGUGUCUACGAGAUUCGGAUUACCGGUCUCUGACAGAUCAUGUGCGAGAAGCACUCAAACUUCAUACAACCGAAGCAGAUAUUGACGACAAGUCAGUGGUCGCAACAGCUCCGGAGAACGCCGUCGAAGUACAAACUGCGGUUCCCGGUGGACCUCAAAUGAAGCUGAUUCUCAGUCCGAAAUUAUGGUCUCAGUCGGACAGUCUGAGUAGCAAUUUGAGCAGCUCGAGUAACAGUAACAACAAUGGGAUCCCCGUCCCGAGAAUAUCAGCAACUCCUGUGCUGCGCACGGCGAUUCAGGUGAUUCGUGGCUCUUGUAACGCUUCCGAAUGUCACACGUCAUCGAGUUCGUGCAGCUCACGAUCACCUCCUUCAUUGUCUUCAUCACCUUUGAAUGUGGCGGGCAAGAUACUGAAAUCGGUGGCCUUGCAUUCAGCAUCAGCUAUGAAUCCCUUCGAUUGUAUGCCCAUGGAUGCCUUGGACGUGAACCCUGUCAUCACUAAACGAACAGAAUCACGAGCAUCUCCGGAAUAUCAGCCUGGCACGCCUCCUUCCAGUGUAGUUACAGGAACGGAUGACCGUAUCACAAACGCGAAAGACUUUGUCUCUCGUUUUGUAUGGGACAAUGAGAAAGUGCAAGCACUCAUCAAACCCAGACCAAUCCCCAAGUCCGUGCUUGAUCAGUCGGCUUACAAUUUACGUUGACCUGCGCGACUCUUGUUCUAUGCGCAUAUCUGGCUGGUGGUUAGGAAGACCCGCAUACCAUCUCAGCCGAAUCACGUUGUUCAUUCAUCAUGCACACACGUAUACACACACACAAUUUUUAGGGUUUCUGCAUGAUAUCAUCAGCACUUUAUUCCUCCCAAUCAUCAUUUCAUUUUUAAGAUAAUUUUGGCAAUCAUGUGACCUCAACGGAGAUUUUUAAAUGUGACAUGGUUAUCUUUCCUUUUUUUUGCACCAGUUAAUUGUAUGCAUAUUUGAUGAUAUGAUAAAGUUUCAU